AUCAAAGAAAGAAACGGAUCAAUCACCUUCAUCGUCUUCACUUUUGAUAAGAAACCAACAAUAACAGAGAUUUCUCUUUUUCUUAAUUUCGCUUUUGCGUCGUCGUUCUUAUCUUCUCACAAGAAAGCAACAGAUCAAUAAAGACUCUUUCUUACUUUUUUUCGUUCUCUCCCUCUCUCCUUGAUUUGAUCAACCGUCAAUUGAUCUUUCUUCUUUUAUCCUAUAUAGUGAAGAAAGUCUCGAUUUUUCGAAGUGGAUUUUUCGAAAUUCGUUGAGAACAAAUGGGUUCCUCUGUGGAGCAGAACAUUUUGGUGACUGGUGGUGCUGGAUUCAUUGGGACACACACUGUUGUUCAGCUCUUGAAUCAGGGUUUUAAGGUUUCGAUCAUCGAUAAUCUUGAUAACUCUGUCAUUGAAGCUGUUCAUAGGGUUCGUGAGCUUGUUGGUCCUGAUCUCUCUAACAAGCUUGAAUUCAAUCUGGGUGAUUUAAGAAACAAAGGGGAUAUUGAGAAACUCUUUUCCAAACAGAGAUUUGAUGCUGUGAUUCACUUUGCUGGUCUUAAAGCUGUGGGUGAAAGUGUUGGAAACCCUCGUCGUUACUUUGACAAUAACUUAGUUGGAACAAUCAAUCUAUAUGAGACAAUGGCAAAGAACAACUGCAAAAUGAUGGUGUUUUCGUCCUCUGCAACGGUUUAUGGCCAACCUGAAGUAGUACCAUGUGUGGAAGACUUUGAGUUACAAGCUAUGAAUCCUUAUGGUCGUACUAAGCUGUUUCUUGAAGAAAUAGCUAGAGACAUUCACACGGCUGAACCAGAAUGGAAGAUAAUUCUUCUGAGGUAUUUCAAUCCCGUUGGAGCUCAUGAGAGCGGAAGGAUUGGAGAAGAUCCAAAAGGCAUACCAAACAAUCUUAUGCCUUAUAUCCAACAAGUGGCUGUUGGAAGAUUACCUGAACUCAAUGUGUUUGGACAUGACUAUCCUACUAGUGAUGGCAGUGCGGUCAGAGACUACAUCCAUGUAAUGGAUUUAGCAGAUGGACAUGUCGCAGCAUUGAACAAGCUAUUUACAGACUCAAAGAUUGGCUGUACUGCUUAUAAUCUUGGGACUGGACAAGGAACUUCUGUCUUAGAAAUGGUUUCUGCUUUUGAAAAAGCUUCUGGCAAGAAAAUCCCUAUCAAGCUAUGUCCAAGAAGAGCUGGAGAUGCAACAGCUGUUUAUGCUUCAACUGAGAAAGCCGAGAAAGAACUCGGAUGGAAGGCAAAAUAUGGAGUAGACGAGAUGUGCAGAGAUCAAUGGAACUGGGCAAAUAACAAUCCAUGGGGUUUUCAAAAAAAGCCCUGACAUUUCUUUCUUUUCUCUUCAAGCUUUUUCCUUUUCGUUUUCACCACUCAAUGUAUAAGGGGAAAAAAACAUAGAUGUAGUUUUAUUUUUCCUGCAUCUAUUCUAUUUUUCUUUUCAAAAAAGGUUGUAUCGAACGAACCAGUGCUCUUUCGGUUAAUAAAAAAUCACGUUAAA